AUGCUACAAGAUCGCAGCCCAGUGAAACCGGAAGAACAUGCCAUCCAUUUCGCUUCCAAGGACGAGCAACCUCAUGCUUUAGUUGUAGUAUACAAUAGCGGGGAGCGGAAGUGGGAUGUGCAACAGUAUAGUCAAGAGCAACAUGAAGCCUUCUGCGCUGCCACGUCUGUUCCAGCAGGAGGGGCGGGGCAAAUUGUCUUCGUUCGAGGCUUCAUAUCACCCUCAUGGGUGUCGGUCCUUGGGAGCAAAUACAACAUCGACCCGGAGUUCUUCAGGCGACAUAUGGAUUUUCUUUCUGGGAGUAUUGACAGACAUUCAUACGGUUUCCCAUCGCUCGUUAAUUCUUCCAAUAACAUAUUUCGACUUUGUGUGAGCACUCUCCUUCAUCGUGACGAUUUCGGCGGACAGGAUCUCCAGUCGCAGCGGUCAGAGCAAUCUACUGAGCUCGGAACAUACAAGAUACAACAGCUUGGGUCUAAUAGAGUCCGGUGCGGAGAUUCCCUGGUGCGAGAGUACUCCACUGUGUGCUCGUGCUUCUCUGUGAUCGAACAAUGGAUAUCACUCUGUAUCACGAAAACAGAUAGAGGCUGGGCUGUCAUUGCCUGGAUGGACCAAGGUAGACCCUUGGAAAAAUCUCCUCCGGGACCAUGGACAAGUCACAUCGAAUCCAAGGCUACACCUCUACCAAUCCUCCAACAUCACCCGAAGAUGGCAUUCCGAACCACUACCAAUCGUCUAGAUCCGGAUGUGAAUGCUUCAGCAGAGGUUCAGCAAAGUACGGCCAUUCUGCCCUUGCAGUACGAUUCAUUGAUCGCGCUGGUCGAUCUGGCCCGUCGCGCGCCCCAAGAUCCGCUUUCCAUGUGCAUCCCUUUGUUCGCGCAUGCUGCUUUCUCCGAAGUUCAGUUUUUGAAUCUGAUGGAGUCCAGAAUCCAGAUUCAGAUCAGCGCCAUAGCACAAGGAGUUCCAGCUGAUGCGUUGGGGAAUCUUCAAUACUUCUUCAACGUUCUCAACCGACAUGCUCAGCAACUGAAAGAUAGUACUCGUGGACUUUGCAAGUUAGCCGAGCGAAGCAAUCAAUGGAAGAUCUCCGAAACCGAGGCGGUCAGAAACAUUGCAUAUGACAGUUCCAACAGUACAUUUACAGCCAAAGGCCUUUUGGAAGAUUAUGAAGAACUUCAUGUUCGGUGCAUCGACUUGUCGAACAUGUGCACUCGGGGCAUAAAUCUGGCAAUGAACAAAGCCACGAUUGAGGAGUCGCGCAAAGCCAUCGAGCAGUCCGAGCGACUCAAAAGGUUGACUCUGCUUGCAACGCUCUUCAUUCCUCUUAGCUUCAGCUCCAGCCUAUUAGGUAUGAAUGUUGAUCUUCUUGGGCAGAACGCAGUGAGAUUCUGGUGGUUUUUUGUCUUGUGUGUUCCAAUCACUCUGUUUGCCUAUGCUAUCUAUCUUUGGGACUCGCAGCUCCUGAUGCGGUGCUUGACGAGGUUCUGGAAAAGAUGUCGCGGUGUUAGGCGAGAGGUGGCGACUGAAAGGAGCGUGAAAGAUCCGAGUUAUACUGUAUGA